UCUGGGCGUGUGAGGAGAGCCAAUGGAACAUCUAUUUGCCAGCCCAAGGUCAAAGCUUUGGUUAAUAUUUCUUCUUGCAGAAUCAGUAAUCCUGAGCUCCUUCAUCUCGAUGGCCCUGGGAGAAACAGAAAGGGUGAUUUCUGCCACGGACCAGAAUGUGAUCUUCACCACAGAGGAAAUGCCACAAAUCUUCCAGUUUUGCGGACCAAAAUCUGCCACAAUAAGCCCCUCUGGAAACAUCAGCCAGCUGUUGGGUUCCAGUCUGACUCUCGUCUGUCGUGCUGAGGAUUCAAAUCGUGCUCCACAGUAUAGAUGGUAUUUCAACAACACCGAUGCAAAUGUGACAAGCAGCAAUCUGACCAUUGAAUCGAUCUCCUGGAAAAACGAGGGGACCUACGUCUGCUGCACAUCCGACCCUCACACCAGAGCCACAGGCUAUGCGUCUGUAUCUCUGAGGAUAAAAACAGACAAUGAAACUUCUUCAGCUCAACCGCAGCUGCCUCUGACAGUGUUUUUUGGCAUCGUGCUUGGGUUGGCUGCUGGGAUUACUUUGGUUGGCCCCUUGCUAUGCUGUUUCUGUGUCCACAUUCGGAGAAAGAAGCUGCAGCAGCCACCGCCACCACCACCGAUUUCGACAAUCCCAUCCUUACCUAAGGACUUCUCCGGCUCUGCUACCAAGCAUUUUGGAUCGAGCACCAAGCCUGAGAACUCAGCUGAGCCCAACAUCAUAUACCAGGAGGUGCUGUGUGACGACGGGGCUCUGUAUCAAGAACUGGAGAGGUGAUUUCUGAGUGUAGAAUCUCCUGGUUAGCAAUAAGGACUUACGAUACCUUCUCCCAGCUGAAUGUUUCUGCCU